AUGGUGAACAGCAGGGUGGAGGCGCCCACAGUGGCAGUGAUGGGCGGAGGCGGGGGGGCGGUGGGGAGGAUGUGUGCAGGAUGUGGAGGACGUAUCGUGGACCGCUUCCUGCUCUUCUCCAUGGAGCGAUACUGGCACACACGCUGCCUGAAGUGCUCCUGCUGCCACGCUCAGCUGGGGGAGUACAGCAGCACCUGCUACAGCAAGGGGGGCAUGAUCCUCUGCAAGAACGACUACAUCAGGCUGUUUGGACACAGUGGCGCCUGCAGUUCUUGUGGACAGUCGAUUCCUGCCAGUGAGAUGGUGAUGAGAGCACAAGGCAAUGUUUACCACCUUAAGUGCUUCACCUGUGCGACCUGUAGGAACCGUCUGGUGCCUGGCGACCGUUUCCACUACGUUAACGGGACGAUCUUCUGUGAACACGACCGGCCGGGGGGGGGUCUGCUCAGCGGACACCCCCCCCCUCUGCAGAACAACAGCAUGCUGUCGGACCAGAAGGUCUGCUGAGGAUUAGGAGGAAAAACCAAAUGUGUGCCUUCUCCCCGACCUUCAUUCUUUGUCUCUCCUUCACCUCCUUCCUCUACCCGUCCUCCAGUCUGGAUGAAGUCGUACUCGUUUAGAUUUCAACAUCCCAAACAGACACUGGUCUCCUCUGAGGACUGUGAGGAGAGAAAUCUGGACAAAGUGCAGGAGGACGAGGACGCUGAGGAUGGAAUUUAUGUAGACUGUUGUCUAUUGUGAACUGUGGAAAUAUAACUGAUAAGAAGUGGCAUGGCUAACGAGCAAAAAGGAGGACUGCCAUGCAAUCAUCCAAUUUGGAAAUCCAGCGUAAUUAUUCACGUUUACCCGCUAACCAAUCACAGUGGAGGAGAGAAGACUGACAGCACUGGGUAUAUUUCAGAAGGUGAAUAUACCUCCAACAUCACAAACCACACACACUUAGUUUGAUCAUGUUUCUUUUGGUGUGAGGAAACGAAAGUAUGGAUCUGGUGAAUCGUGAUUCCAGCUGCUGGAUGUUUCCCUGCAGACUCUGAGCGACAGGUGAAGAGGAAAACAUCUGUAUAGAUACCUUCAACAUGUCUCUGUUUGAUUGUCUUUAAAAUAUUAACCAAACAGGAUAAUAUUCAGAUUGAUAAUCGCCAUGUUGUGCUUCCCGUCUCGGACAGAAGCAGCUUGAUUUAUCCUGUCACAGUUCGUGUACUAAACUCAUAUUAAAGUCAAUAUUUCGGUAAAUAAGGACCAUUCAUUUAUUCCCAGUUUGAAUGUGAGAAACCUUGAGCGAAGUAGGCGAUUCAUCCCGAUGAAUUACACUCUGCCGUCUCCCUGCUUCCCCUAUGCUAACUGGAAAAGGGAUAAAAUAAUCCUCAUACAAUUAAUACAAUUGAAUGCAUUGUAAUGAAUAUAAACGCAUAAUAAUUUGCAUUUUCUGAUGCUGAUUUGCUGUUUUUGCAAAUGUUGUUCAAUUUUUGUUCAACAUUUGGACCAAACUUGAUUUUUUAUCUCAGUAAGUAAGUAUAAUUUAAGUCAAAGUCGUGGGCAAUCGCUAUAUUGAGCCAUAAGUGAAGGCCCGUCUAAAGAAUCCCGAAAUGAGAAAUGGCGACAGUUUAAGAGUCUAACUCCACAAUUCAGUUCUUUAUCGUCUUUUCAGACACUUUUUCCAACACUUAACUUUAUCCGGACUAACACACGGUUCAUUUGUGAAUCAGAACUACUUAUUUUGGUGUAGGAAACAAAACGACAAAAAAAAAAAAUCCUGUUAUGGUUACAAUAUGUUUGUUUGUUUGUUUGUUGCGUGACUUAAGUUUAAGGUUUUAAUGAUGACGUUUUUAUGCAGAAGAAUAAAAGUAUUGCUUUUCCCAAA